AUUGCUCUGAAUUCAAGGUUCUUAUCAAUUUGAAUAAAAUUAGUUGCAGCAGAUAACGUUGCAGUAAUUACUAAAUUGCUAGGGUUUUCAAAGACCCUGUGGUAGGUGUGUACAAGAGAUGCUCGUUACUCUUUGAUUCUUCCCUCAAUCCAACCAAGAUCGAACCAAUGGAGUCAACAUUGUCAGCGACUACAGCCACCGCUGUAUUCGGUUUAUCCAAAACCCUAAAUCACUCUGUUACCGGUGCUCAAACGCUCAGAAGUCAGCUCGCACUUUUCCAUAUUCGACGGACUACAAUUGCCACCAAGUCUGAGUUCCGGAGAUCAUCGAGUAAGUUUGCUUCUGCAUACCCGUUGUUUGGCUUGAGGAAUGUUGGCGGUGGAGUGCCUUUGUUGAGGUAUCGUGUGGAGUGUGUUUCGAGCUCUACCUCUGCUAGUUCUUUCGCCUCACUUUCCGGCGGUGGGGGAAUUGGAGGAGGUACGCAUAGUGAAGGAGGAGGCGGCGGCGGAGGUGGUGAUGGUGGGGAGGUUAAGGUGAAUCCGAUCGUUACUGAUGCUUCUGGUGUUUCGUCUGAUGUGAUCAUUCUAGAUGUUUUUGGUAUGACCUGUGGAGGGUGUGCUGCAAGUGUAAAAAGAAUUUUGGAGAGUCAACCAUUGGUAUCUUCUGCAAGUGUGAAUCUUACAACAGAGACAGCAAUUGUAUGGCCUGUAUCUGAAGCCAAGGAUUCACCAAACUGGCAAAAAGUCUUGGGAGAAGAACUUGCAAAACAUUUGACAACUUGUGGAUUUAAGUCUAACCUUAGAGGUGAGGCUGAAACUGAAGGAGUGCCAUCUUAAUAAUGCAAAGGAUUCUUGUAAGAGCAACUAUUUUCCUCCGUGGCGAGUCUUGUUUGCAAGGAGGAAAAUCUACUGCAGGAGCACCCUUACAUUUUGGAUGGUUUACUUAAUUCCAAGAAAGAGAGUGCCUUCCAAGUAUUUCAAAAAAAGGUGGAAGAAAAGCGGAAGCAAUUAAAAGAAAGUGGUAGAGGACUUGCAGUAUCUUGGGCUUUAUGUGCUGUAUGUCUGUUUGGACAUGUCUCCCAUUUCAUUGGAGCCAAAGCUUGGUGGAUCCAUGCAAUGCAUUCCACUGGUUUCCACUUAUCUUUAUCUUUAUUCACAUUACUAGUUCCAGGACGCCAGCUUAUAAUUGAUGGUAUGAAAAGUCUAAUGAGGGGCACUCCAAACAUGAACACAUUAGUCGGUCUAGGGGCAAUCUCGUCAUUUACCGUUAGCUCAUUCGCAGCUCUAAUACCAAAACUGGGUUGGAAAGUAUUCUUUGAAGAACCGAUUAUGUUGAUAGCAUUUGUUUUAUUGGGAAGGAAUCUUGAACAAAGAGCUAAGAUUAAGGCAACUAGUGAUAUGACAGGGCUUCUUAAUGUUCUUCCACCAAAAGCUCGCCUUUUAGUGGAUGGUGAUGAUGUUGAAAAGUCAACCUCAACAGUCGAUGUUCCUUGUGACAGUCUUUCUGUUGGAGAUAAAAUUGUUGUACUACCUGGAGAUCGUGUUCCUGCUGAUGGAAUAGUGACAGCUGGCAGAAGCACAGUGGAUGAGUCAAGUUUCACUGGGGAGCCACUCCCUGUCACUAAGCUUCCAGGGGCUGAAGUGUCAGCAGGAAGUAUAAACCUUAAUGGAGCACUAACAGUUGAAGUACAAAGGCCUGGAGGUGAAACAUUCAUGGGGGACAUUGUUAGAUUGGUGGAAGAAGCUCAGAGUAGAGAGGCUCCCGUUCAACGUCUUGCUGACAAGGUUGCUGGACACUUUACUUAUGGUGUAAUGGCAAUCUCUGCUGCAACAUUUAUGUUCUGGAGCACUUUUGGUGCGCGUAUUUUACCAGCCACUCUUCACCAUGGAAGUGCCAUGUCAUUAGCUUUGCAGCUCUCUUGUAGUGUUUUGGUUGUUGCUUGUCCAUGUGCAUUGGGUUUAGCAACACCAACUGCUGUGCUGGUGGGAACUUCACUUGGUGCUACAAGAGGAUUACUUUUACGUGGUGGAAGUAUUUUAGAAAAAUUCUCUCAAGUCAACACAAUUGUUUUUGACAAAACAGGGACAUUAACAAUCGGUAAACCUGUUGUCACAAAAAUACUCACAAAAACACCCCAAGAAUAUUCCGAGUUACAGCUAAGUUCAACAGAAACAUGGUCUGAAAAUGAUGUUCUGAAGUUAGCUGCUGCUGUUGAAUCCAAUACAAUACAUCCAAUUGGAAAAGCUAUCCGGGAAGCUGCUAAGGUUGCUAAAUGUCCCGAUGUAAAGGCUGAUGAUGGAACAUAUAUGGAGGAACCUGGUUCUGGUGCAGUAGCCUCAAUUGGGAAGAAGAUAGUUUCUGUUGGAACAUUGGAAUGGGUUAGAAGGCAUGGAGUUGAUGAAAACCCAUUUGUGGAAACAGAAGAGUUCAAAAACCAAUCAGUGGUGUAUGUAGGAAUAGAUGGUGUUCUUGCAGGUCUUAUUUAUGUUGAAGAUCAAAUAAGAGAAGAUGCUGCACAUGUUAUUCAAUCUUUGACUAGUCAAGGCAUCAAUGUAUACUUACUUUCUGGUGAUAAAAAAAGUUCAGCUCAAUAUGUCGCAUCAGUCGUCGGAAUCCCUAAACAACAGGUGUUGUAUGGAGUUAAACCGGAUGAGAAAAGUAAGUUUAUAAGUCAACUCCAGAAGGACAACCGGAAUGUUGUUUCCAUGGUUGGGGACGGAAUCAAUGAUGCCGCCGCAUUGGCGGAAUCACAUGUUGGAGUUGCCAUAGGUGGUGGUGUUGGGGCUGCUAGUGAGGUCGCCUCGAUUGUGCUCAUGGGUAACAAAAUAUCACAGUUGAUUGAUGCAUUGGAGCUUAGUAGACAAACAAUGAAGACUGUGAAGCAAAAUCUUUGGUGGGCUUUUGGGUACAAUAUUGUUGGCAUUCCAAUUGCUGCGGGAACUUUAUUGCCAUUGACAGGGGUGAUGCUUACUCCCUCAAUUGCUGGGGCCCUCAUGGGUUUGAGCUCGAUUGGUGUGAUGACUAAUUCAUUGCUUCUUAGGUUAAGAUUUACUUCACAAUCACAAUCACAAUCACAACAAAACAAAUUUAUUGGAGCUUCACCUUAUGUGCUUCAACAAGACAUUGAAGCACCAAAGCCAAAAACCCUCACGUAGAUUUUUUUUGUUCUUAUUAUUGUUAUAUACUGUUGAUCGAAUUAGUGUUUGGACCUUUGGAUUAUCAUGUUCAAACACGGUAUGUCAUACAAUACACUAUGUGAGGCUACAUUUGUUUGGACCUUUGGAUCAUCAUGUUCCAAAAGAUGUCAUACAAAACACUAUGUGAGGCUACAUUUG